AAUGGAAUGGACGGAAAAAUGACGUUUGUCGACAGUUUUGCUUUGUUAUCGUGCCGAAUAAUUUCAACAUUUUUUAAGAGACAAAAUUUAUUGUGUGUUAGUGCAAGUAAUUUUCAUAUGGAUAAUAAAGAUGAAGCGAAAUCAAAUAUGGAAAUUGUUAACAUACCACCAAUUAUUUCCACCUACCGGCAAGCAUUGCAUACUUUUGAUGAAAAAUUUAAAAGCGAUAUUUCGACCAACUUGAAUAAGUUAAAACGAAUGAUGGAUAAUUUAAAAGCCGAUGACCUAGGUUUUGAUCAAAACCUCAAUAACCCUUCAGCGUGGAAAAGACCAAAUAAAGCGCCUUGCACAUACAUCGAAGUGUUUCAAAAUAGUUUAGUGAACAUGAGUAUAUUUGUUUUAAAACCCGGCUUUAAAAUGCCUUUACACGAUCACCCGCAUAUGCAUGGACUUUUAAAAGUAAUUUCUGGUGCUGUAAGAAUAAGAAGUUUUACUGAAUAUCCAUUAAAAGAAGUAGCAAGUUCGAUAGACUUUGCUGCUCGAGCGAAACACGAAGCGGCGCGUAUAGCUCAAGGUAUUCACAAACGUAGAAGAUUGUUUGCUAAAAUAUCACAAGACAAUAUAUGUCAGGCUAAUUCCGAGACAUGUGUUCUGACUCCUACAAUAUCUAAUUACCACGAAAUAGAAGCUUUGAAUAUGCCAGCAGCAUUUUUUGAUAUUCUAUCACCACCUUACGAUACGUUAAUACAGGAUGUUGGCCCAAGAAGAUGUAGAUACUACUAUGUAGCAAACGAGAUAAGUACUAAUGUUGUAGAAUUACAAGAAACUAAUGUGCCAGAAUGUUUUUAUUGCGAUCAAGCACCAUACUUGGGGCCCAUGCUGAUAUAGCUAUAGACUAGAAUUAAUUAUUUAGAAAUUAAAAAAUAGAAUUCCUAGAUAAUUUGGAGAGUUACCAAGAAGACGAGGUUGUUCUAAUGAUCUCCGCUGUCGAAAGUAACUUGAAACAUUUAGUGCAAAUAAUUUUGUGCCUUUUAAAUAUUAAUGCCAAUAAAAAUAUUCAUAGAGAAAAAGAAUUAGGGAAUGUUUUGGGGUUUUAUAUUGUAAAAGCUUGUCAAAUUCACUACAAGAGUUACCAGCUGGAUGUAAAAUUGUGUCUUUAUUCUAAUUGAUCAAAUCAAAUAGAUUAAUAAUGACACUGGCUUGUAUUCUUUCAAACAUCACCUAAAGCAACACGAAUAAUAAGUAAUUUUAUUGUAUUGAUUUUGAAACAAAGUAUAAUUGUUUCUUAAAUAUGUCAAAAUUUAAUAUAAGAGAAAGUUGCUAUUAUUAAAUAUUUACAGUAAUGUAAAUACU